AUGCAUCAAAAUCCUCAAAAAGAAGAUUGGGAGCGAAUAGCAAAUGAGUUCUGGGAAAUUUGGAAUUUUCAAAAUUGCAUUGGUGCUUUGGACGGAAAGCAUGUUGUGAUUGAAGCCCCUCCAAACACUGGCUCAUUAUACAUUAAUUAUAAAAAAACUUUUUCAAUUGUUCUUCUAGCAUUAGUUGACGCCCAAUAUAAAUUUACCGUUGUCGAUAUUGGUGCAUUUGGAAAAAAUAGUGAUAGAGGUAUUCUAUCACAUUCAAAUUUUGGAAAAGCUCUUGAAAAAAAUAAACUUAACAUUCCAAAUAAUCGAGCAUUACCGGGUACAAAUGAAAAGUUACCAUAUGUUAUCAUUUGUUAA